AAAAAUUUAAUUUUAAAAACAUAAUAACUCUCUCUUUUAGUUUAGUCGUUCGUCUUCCUCGUUCUAAUAGCCAGCCCUCUCACUUUAUAACGCACCACACUAUUUUACCUCUUCCUCAUAUCUCUCUGCAUCUAUCUUUUUAUAUCUAUCUCCAUGGGAUCAAACUCAGUGGCCGCUCUCUUCCUCUUCCUAGCGGCAGUCCCUUCCAUCUUGGCCGUGACAUUCCAGGUCGGAGAUACUGCUGGUUGGAAUAGUGGUGUUGAUUACACGACGUGGGCUAGUGGAAAGACUUUCAGAGUCGGUGACACUCUAGAGUUCCAAUAUGAUCCGUCACACUCGGUUUCUGUGGUGGAUAAAGCUGGAUUCGAUAGUUGCGACAGCACCGGAGAAACACAGAGCUUUUCUGGGGGAGACACUAAGAUCGAUCUUACAACAGUUGGAACUAUGCACUUCCUUUGCCCUAGUCCUGGUCACUGCCUCGGUGGCAUGAAACUCGCUGUUCCCGUCCUUCCCACCGCUUCAUCUCCGGCAACACCUUCUCCACCGUCUUCGUCUACUCCUUCUCCAUCAUUUUCCCCUCGCUCUCCGCGUAAACCCAAAACACCGCCUCCAACAGCUUCUCCCCCGGCCAACGGUACGCCAGAUUUAGAAUCUUUGACUCCUUCACCGUCUCCGUCAACGCCUUCUUUGUCUCCAUCGACACCUUCACCCUCUCCAUCGCCGCCAAAUGCAGCUUCUAAGGGAGUCAUUAGCUAUGGAGUGAUUGGGAUAUCGAUGGUGUUGAUGUUCGGUGUUAUGAGCUAAUAUUGGAGACAGAGCUUUUUUUCUCUCGAUCUUUUUUUGGUCAUGGUCAUUGGAAUUACUACAACACAACCUCAUCUCUUGUUUUUACUAAAUUAAUUUUCUUUUGAUUAAAGUUUUCCUUGUCGUACAUAGCGCAGUAUUAUCAUUAUUAUCUUGUUUUACAUUAUUAUCGAAGAUAUUAUAAAUCAUAUUCCAUUUUCAUGUA